GGGGGGGGAACGGGCGCUCUCGCGAGAUCCGCGCGCGCUCGGGCCUCCGCUUCCGGCCGGCGGGACGCGGUGCAGAGUCAGCUGGGGGCGGCGGGCGCACCGGCACCGGCACCGGCACCGGCACCAGGAUUCGGCCUUGCCUCCGGACGGAGCCAGCAGCGCCGGCGCCAUGGGCAACAUCUUCGGGAACCUGCUGAAGAGCCUCAUAGGGAAGAAGGAGAUGAGGAUCCUCAUGGUGGGGCUGGACGCCGCCGGCAAGACCACCAUCCUCUACAAGCUGAAGCUGGGCGAGAUCGUCACCACCAUCCCCACCAUCGGCUUCAACGUGGAGACGGUGGAGUACAAGAACAUCAGCUUCACCGUGUGGGACGUGGGCGGGCAGGACAAGAUCCGGCCCCUCUGGCGGCACUACUUCCAGAACACGCAGGGGCUCAUCUUCGUGGUGGACAGCAACGACCGGGAGCGGGUGAACGAGGCGCGCGAGGAGCUCAUGCGGAUGCUGGCGGAGGACGAGCUGCGGGACGCCGUGCUCCUGGUCUUUGCCAACAAGCAGGACCUGCCCAACGCCAUGAACGCGGCGGAGAUCACGGACAAGCUGGGGCUGCACUCCCUGCGCCACCGCAACUGGUACAUCCAGGCCACCUGCGCCACCAGCGGCGACGGCCUCUACGAGGGCCUCGACUGGCUCGCCAACCAGCUCAAGAACAAGAAGUGAGCGGCGGCCCCCCCGCCGGCCGCCCCCCCCGGCCCCCCCGCCCCGGCCGCCCGGCCUUGGCUCGCUGCCGGCUGCCGCGGGGUUUCACCCCUCGUGCCGGGCUCUUCCCGGCGCCCUCGGGUCUCGUGUGUGCGUGCGUGGAAAUAUAGCUCUAUAUAAAAGUCUAUGGGGGCCGGGGGCGGGGCCCCCCCCGGGGGGGCGCUUGGCGGGGCCCCCCCGGCCCCUCUCCCUGCCCUGGACCAAACGCGGGGGGGGGGGGGCGGCGGGGCCACGGGGCCAUUUGGGACCACAUCCCCCCCCACCCUGUUCCCGGGGACCCCCCUGUCCCCCCCCCCAUGUCACUUCGAGGCAGGUCUCCUCCCCAGCGGCGCGCCCGCCCCCCCCUGCGCCCCCCCGGCCCCCAUGCCAGCAUAGUGAUUGUAAUGUCCCCUGCCCCGGACGGACGGACGGACGGACGCCCCGUGCCCCCCCCCGGCACUGUAUUUAUACCCCGGUCUGUGCUUGGUGUGACGUGUCGCUGCGGCUCUGCCCCGUCUCGGGGACGUCUGUGCUCGCCUCCCCUCCCCGCGCCUCGGCUGGGGGGGGCGCCCGGCCCCGGCCCCCCCUUGGGUAUUAAACAUGUUUUAUGUA